UUCAGUUCAAUUCAGAAGCUCUGAGUAAUUAGGUGGAAUCAUUGAAAUUGCAGUCGAUUUAUAAGAACUAAAGCAUUUUUAGUGUGUGGCUCGUGAGCAAUUAUGAAUCCUUCGCGAGAGUGGUUAUUUUUGAUUUUUGGUUGGUUUCAGUAUGUGAAUAUUUCUAACGGGUUUAACAUAGAUAAAGAUAUCUAUACAGUUCAUCAUGGUCCCAAAAAUACAAUGUUUGGAUACAGUGUCGCCUUGCAUAUCGCUAAUAAUCAAAGUUGGGCUAUUGUUGGUGCCCCAGCUGGAAACCUGCCAAAAAAUAGGAAUCGAACUGAAGGAGCAGUUUAUAGAUGCAAUGUCGAUGAGCCCACUUGCGAACGAAUCGACGUUAACGUCAACCAUAUUUCAAGAAAACAACCGAUAUCGUAUAAGACCACUGAUUCAUGGUUUGGUGCUCGAGUUGAAAGUUUGGGAAAGGAGAAACCAAUUGUGAUUUGUGCUCCUAGACUUGUACAUCGAAGUUCCGACCUAGAGAUACCCAUAGGAAGCUGCAUUUUAUUAAAUCAUUUGAAUAGUUCUGAAUUAACAGUCAUGAAUCCAUGUGAAACCAGCCCAAAGCGGGAGCUAGCCGUGGAAGAUCAAUACUGUCAAGCUGGGUUCAGUACAACAUUUUCAAGAGAGAAGGAUAGGGAAUAUUUAUAUAUUGGCUCUCCAAGUCAUGCCGUGUACCCCCGUUCGUCGUAUAUUUACCCGAUCGACCUGAAAACAUACCGUGAGCGAACUGGGAUGAGGACCACAGUGAUUGAAAAAACAUUUUCGUCUUACUUUCAAUACUCUAUAGCAGCGUUGAAAUUUGGCUUACACGGCGUCCUGGCUGCUAGUUUACCACGGGGUGCCAGAUAUCUGGGGGAGGUCAUUAUUUUCAAUGCUGCUGGUGGUGUUGUAAAACGCAUUUCUGGUGCCCAACUGGGAGCAUAUUUUGGAUAUGCUUUAUGUUCCGUAGAUGUCAAUGGAGACUCGAACGACGAUUUGAUUGUAAGUGCUCCUAUGUACGCCCAAAUGGAUUCUGGAACCUUUGAUACUGGACGAAUAUAUGUUUUCAUACAGAAUCGGCAGAAGAGUGAUUUUUUUAAACCCAUAAUAAUCGAUGGAAUGAAAUCAUCUGGCCGUUUUGGAAUGUCUUUAGCCUCACUCGGAGACAUUGACUUAGAUGGAUAUGAAGAUUUCGCUGUUGGAGCACCUUAUGAUGGUGUCAAUAAUCGGGGAGCCAUCUAUAUUUAUCGAGGAUCUGUUGUUGGUCCAUCUUUAAAAUAUAGUCAGGUUCUAUAUGCGGAAGAUUUUCCUGAGCCAUUUUCUAGCACUUUUGGUUUCUCGCUAGCUAGUGGAAUAGAUGCAGAUGGAAAUGGAUACCCAGAUCUUAUCGUUGGAGCAUAUGAAUCGGAUACGGUGGUAAUUUUGAAAGCUCGCCCUGUGAUACUCAUAAAUGCAUCUCUAAGUUUUGAAAUUAACCCAAAAAUUAUUUCAUUAGAUGAAAGACUCUGUAAGGAAAAUGGAACUGAAGUAGCUUGCGUUACGCAAAAUUCAUGUUUUAGUUUCACGGGAGAAAGGCUGCCACUAGAAAUAGAUAUUGUUGGCGUGUUGAUGCUAGACGGAGAGAUGAAAGGUGAAAAGCGAAUGUUUUUCUCAGGCAGCAAGGAUUACUCAAGAACUUUUAUAAAACACCUUGUCUUUCGAAAGAGGAGUUGCAUUUCAUAUUCCAUCUACAUCAAUCCUCAGCUGGUGGACAAGCUAUCACCUCUUAUGGCUGAAAUGGUAUAUCAACUACAGGAAGAUAGAGAUAAGGGAAUGAAGAAAUCAACCAUUACUCCAAUAGUCAACCCGGAAUCUGAACAAACUAUACGUGAUGAAAUGAGAAUAAUGACGAACUGUGGUUCAGAUGAAGUCUGUGUACCUGAUCUGCAGCUCACAUUGAGCACUGAAGACAGCCAUACUCUUGGAUUCUCGGACCGAGUGAAAGUAAAUGUUUCAGUCUCGAAUCAAGGGGAAGAUGCCUAUGAAUCUAGGUUUUUUAUGACCUUUAAAAAUAAACUAUACUUCCGAAAGAUUGAGUCAACAUCCUCAUCUGCAGUGACUUGUUCAACGGUUUCUCGAGGAGAUGAUACCACAAUAAAAUGUGAUAUUGGCAAUCCACUUCUUGCAAAAAAGUUUGUCAACUUCAAUAUUAUUUUGACUCCUUCAGGAAUAUUUGACAAUGUUCCUGAAUAUCGAUUUUAUUGUGAAGUCAAUUCAACAAAUACGGAAGAUAUGGCUACUAAAUCAGAUAAUAUUAUUGUCAAAUCGAUAAAGAUAGAAGUGAAAGCAAGUUUGACAAUUAUUGGCAAUGUCCAUGAUAACGAUAUAUUGUACGACGUAUCAGAAUUCCUCCCAACGCAGUUUGCAAAACAGGAGAGUGAACUUGGUCCUGAAGUUAUUCAAAGAUAUAAUUUCCGAAACGAAGGGCCUGCACCAAUCUUAAAAGCAAAUGUUUAUAUAGUAUGGCCUUAUAAGACCUUUGCAGGAGAUUAUGUGCUGUAUCUACUUGACCCACCAACAAGCACUGAAAACGUGCAAUGCUCAAAGGUCGAAUAUAAUGAACUCAAUAUAAAUGUGAAGCAGAGAUUAUUCCACCAAGAGUUUGGGACUACAUUAAACAUCUCAUUCAGUGAAGACCUGGGGGCGACAAUUGUACCGGAGAAUAAACAACUGGAAGAACUGCUCUCCUGUGAAAAUUUCUAUUGCAUGGUGCUCAAUUGUACAAUAAACUCUCUUGAAAGGAAUGAGGAUGCUUUCCUUAUUAUACGGAGCAGAUUAGUUGCCUACACGGUUAAUCGUUUAGUACCAAGGUUUCCUGCAAUGCUUUCAAAUAGAGUAGCAGCUAUCAUUACUAAGCGCCCAUAUUUUGAAUCGCCGGCUGACCCGGUUUACUCUUAUGAGAUUCAAUAUAUGGUUACUCCAGUGAAGGAAGUGAAAAUACACCUCGUUCCUCUGUGGAUUAUUGUAAUAUCCUCAGCAUUCGGUUCCUUAAUUUUUCUAGCACUGGUCUAUUCUUUGUGCAAGUGUGGGUUCUUCGAACGAAAGAAAAUACCAAUAUCAGACGAAGUAAACUUAAUCAAAGAAGAGGAUUAAUAUUAUUAUUAUGUCAAAAUAUGUGCAUUAUUAUAUAUAUAUGUAGAUUUUUCAUAAUU